AUGUUACGAUCUAAAUCCAGAGCCGGCUUGGGGUCUGAGAGACCCCCAAAUGAUAAGGCCCAAGGUGGUGAUGAUAAUAAAGAGAACAAGGAAGAGAACGCGAACAAUUUGCUUCCUGGCAGCCCUGGUGGUCUUUCUAUGCGCCACAAAAUAAAACAAUCCUUUACCAACCUUGCUUUGCGUCUUACCCCCAAAGAGACGAAGACCAUCUUUCGCAAGCCAUCUCCCUCUGCUCAAGCUUCAAAAGCGGACACAGAAACUGCAGCUACAGUUCCUCUCCCAGAAAGCCCACGUUCUGGAACACCUCCUUCGAACACCAAUCCUUCGCCAGCAGACUCGCCAGCGAAGUCACCAAGCAAGCCAAAGAGAUACCUCUCGUUCUCAUUCACUCCUGAAAGCAAAGACAAAAUGGACUCAAAGGCUGCCAAGUUUUUGCUUGCUACCGCCCGCCUGGCUGGGAAGGACAGCCAGAAAUCCGACUCUACCGCUAAAGGCAAGGGAAAAGCCCCUGCCCGCGACGAUGUUGAAGCCAAAUCACCGGCUUCUACUAAGAAAGAAGAGGUUGCUGGCCAAGCUGCCAGUACUUCUCUUCUCCACCCUCCCACUGCUACCUCCUCCCUCUCCACCCAAGGUGCUGGUAAAGAAAACCAGCCAACGGCAACUACCACCAACGACAACAAGGCCAAGGGCAUGAAUAAGCUCAAGGCCAAAAACAAGAAGAAGCCGGCCACUCCAGCCACCGCCCCUCAAGCCGCCACCACCCGCCCACCGACUCCCAUCCCACGGUCGGUCCUAGCUCUCCCCGCCCCGGAGCCCCAGGAAGGCAGUGAUCUGACCAACCAGAUCACUAACCUUCUUGGACGUCUCUCGGCUGGGGAGACUAUCGACUACCAGCUCAGGAACCCAGAGGGGUACGUCGAUGACGACCCUGACUGCCUGGACUUCCUGGACGAUCCAGAAUGCCAGGAGAUCCUGGGGAAUUCCACCCCCAGGCUUUCCUCGGCCUUCAAUCGUUCGGGGAAGAAGGGCAGGAAGUAA